GAAGUAGUAACCCAUUAUGUCUCCCUGGCUGCUGGCUCUGCAUGUGCUCUGCCUCCUCUGUCGAGGACUGGCCUCUCCCGUGCUUCAUCCACGAUCUGACGAUUACUUCCAACCCAAUUCCACUGGCCUCUGGAUGCAACAUGGCUUUGAAACUGUCCUCAUACAACCCUUUGGAUAUGACGGCUUUCGUGUCCGUGCAUGGCCUUUCCGUCCCCCUACUGGACAGGAGGCCAGCUUCAUCUAUGACCCUCCGCUAGAAGGGCCUGAGAACGGUGAGGCGCACAGAAUGCAAUUCGACACGACUUCCGUUGGCAACCACAGUGUGACCAUUCGGAAUGGCAACAUUCUUGUCCGUACCACAGGAUGGGGCGGUAACCCCGGGGGAUAUCGACUUGCUUUUAUCCGUGUCGAGGAUGAUGGUUCGGAAACUCUCCUCACCAACGAGUAUGCGCCACUCAAGUCUAUAAACCCGCGGUACUACUCUUGGCCCGGAUCUAACAGCGAAUUCAACGCUCAAUUUUCGUUCAGCACGACGCCAGAUGAGCAGGUCUAUGGUACGGGUACGCAGCAAGACCAUCUCGUCAACAAGAAGGGGUCGACGAUUGAUCUGGUCAAUUUCAAUACCUAUAUCCCCACGCCUGUCUUUAUGAGUAGUAAAGGAUAUGGCUUUGUGUGGAACAUGGCCUCUCAAGGUCGCAUGGAGUUUGGUCCCUGGCGCAACAGAUUCACGGCGGAUGCGGCCACAGUGGUAGACUAUGUGAUUUUUGCAGCGCAGCCAGGAGACUACGACACACUCCAGCGUAGACUGUCAGCACUUACCGGCCGUGCUCCGACGCCGCCAGACUGGUCGCUGGGAUACCUCCAGUCGAAACUGCGAUAUGAAAAUCAAUCCGAGGUUGUCUUGCUAGCUCAGAACUUCAAGAAGCACAAUGUUCCCGUCUCACUGAUUGUCAUCGACUACCAGUCCUGGGCGCAUCAGGGCGACUGGGGCUUGGAUCCUGCCUUGUGGCCGGAUGUUGCUUCGAUGGCCGCUCAGGUUAAGAACCUUACUGGUGCUGAGAUGAUGGCGUCCCUGUGGCCCAGCGUGUCUGACAACAGCGUCAACUAUCUCGACAUGAUGGCCAAUGGGUAUCUAGCAGCUACCAAGUCCGGUCCUGGAACCACGGACUCCUGGAAUGGCUCGUACAUUCGCAACUACGAUGCCACAAAUCCCGCAGCACGUGCGUUCCUCUGGAACACGCUGAAGAAGAACUACUAUGACAAGGGCAUUCACAACUUCUGGAUCGACCAAGCCGACGGCGGCGCCCUGGGUGAAGCGUACGAGAACAACGGCCAAAGCACGUACAUCCAAUCGAUUCCCUUUGCCCUUCCCGAUGUGCUCUAUGCAGCAGGCACGCAGGCAAGUGUGGGUAAGCUGUAUCCCUGGGCGCAUCAGCAGGCCAUUGAGGAUGGUUAUCGUAAUGCGACGAACAGCACUGUGGGCACUGCAUGCGAUCAUAUUUCCCUCAGCCGAUCUGGAUACAUCGGAUCUCAGCGGUUCUGCAGCAUGAUCUGGUCGGGAGAUAUUAGCUCCGUGUGGGAAACCCUUGGACUCCAGAUAGCCAGUGGUCUAUCUGCUGCUGCCACGGGCUGGGGUUGGUGGACUGUCGACGCGGGAGGAUUCCAAGUUGACCCAACAGUCCCAUGGAGUGCCAACAUUGACACGCCUGAAUAUCGCGAGUUGUAUGUUCGAUGGUUACAGUGGACGACUUUUGUGCCAUUUAUGCGCACUCAUGGUUCCCGAGCGUGCAACCAUCAGAGUGCUUACACCUGUGACAACGAACCUUGGUCCUAUGGCGAGGAAAACACACCCAUCAUCGUUUCGUACAUUCAGCUACGAUACCAACUCAAGGCCUACCUCCAAACUAUAUUCCAACAGCUUCAUGAAACAGGCAGGAUGAUCAUGCGUCCGCUCUACAUGGACUUUGAGCGAUCCGAUCCCAGCGUUGCUUCCAUGACCCAAGCCAACACCAAUGUCACCACACAGCAGUACAUGUUUGGUCCUCGUCUGCUCGUGACGCCCGUUACUACUCCGAAUGCGACGGAAUGGUCGGUCUAUCUUCCACAGACGGGUGAUAAUAGUACUCGGCCAUGGACAUACUGGUGGACGAACCAGACGUAUGCUGGAGGGCAGAUAGUGACUGUUCCUGCACCGCUAGAGCAUAUUCCUUUGUUCCACUUAGGGUCGCGCGAGGAAAUUCUUCGUGGUAAUGUUUUCUGAUAUCAGACGUUUUGUACGAGAUCAUAAGUGACCCUGUCUAUAAUCUAUAAAUGCCUGGCUUUUAGGAUAGGACAAGACGAGUUAUUUCCCAAUUAGCAAGAAAGGAGCAUAAUAACAACGCUAUAGUACUCC